AUGCAAAAUCAAAUUAGACCAAAUGUUAACAUUAAGAGGAAGCCGAUCGCGGUCACACUCGAUGUUACCGAUGAUGUCGACGAAGAUAAAUUCGAAUUGUUUAAGCAGCUGCCUCAUGGGAUACUAACACAUACAUACAUACCGGCAAAAAAUUGUAAACUAGUAAGUGUACUGGAAAAGUCUGUACCUGUCUGGACCUUGAAGAACAAGGACGAAACGUGUAAAAAGGUCUCAGUGGCGAACAGGGAAGGCCCGAAAUACAUACAUAUAGCAGUCACGACGGAAGAAGGGAUAGAAGGAGCAUACUACUACAUUAAGGACAAAAAGGGGUGGAAGCAAGUGUCAGGAAACGUGUUCUACUACUACUUUGACCUGCUGGCACUAAACAAGUCUGUGCUGGACUACGUGACACUGAAUGUGAACUCGGAGGUCGACAGAAACCACUUUCUAGUAAACGCAACGAGAGAGAAGCCGUACGUAAUUAUAGUGCCGACGCCAGGAUACGUGCUGAGCAGAGUGUUUGACGGAAUAAACACGAUUUGGAAGAGCAGGAACUACGAGGACCACUGCACAUUCGUAAACAUAUUCUACAGUAACAAGAAGCCAGCACUGAUACACCUGGUGAUAAUGAAGGGGAAGGCCGAGGAGAAGCAGUUCUUCAAAAAGGUGCCGCUGGCGUGGAAGCAGAUAGCCAAGAGCGAGUACGUGCAGUGCCUGAAGGAACACGGAAUGAACCUGAACCAGUUCAACAACAACAUCACGUUCGACUACACAAACGUGGACAGGACCAAGUACAGAAUAGAAAGAACGUACAACGUCAACAUACUGUCGGAGACGUUCAUGGCGCUGCCAGGAUACAGCGUCAAGAGAGUAGUGGACAGCGGAAGAACAGUCUGGGAGAGCGACGGGAGCUUCCAGUGCGUCUUCGCAAGGUUCUACUCGAGAAACAGAGAGCCCUUCCUGUGUUACCUGCUUGUGACGGACUCGGAGGAGAACAAGGUACUGUACUACGCGAAAAACGGAGAAAAGUGGAGCGCAGUGGACAAGAAGACGUACGACUUCGUGCUCUCGAACAAAGAUGACCCGAUCUACACGCACAGAGGAAUCGGAGUGGACUCGAGAGGGAACAGAAAGUUGCUGAUGAGCCACUUCAGAAACAAGCAGGGACUGCUGAUAAGAACGUACUGCGCGUCAGUGGACAACCCGAAGGGAAACAUCAUCCUGAUCCACGGCUCAUGGGGACACUUCAGGUCAAACUUCUGCGAGUUCGACAUGGAGUGGAACUACGACAGGUUCGGAUACCCAGUGACCCCUUACAUGAAGGACUUCACGAGCAUCAAGACGGACUCGUUCUACAAAAACAUCAAGCUCGACGAGAAGACGAACGAGGUCUACAAGGAGAUCUUCGGCUGGUCAGAGCUCGACGGAAGGGACGCCUUCGAGAUGUCGCCGAGGUUCCAGUACAGCGGAAGCUUCCUCGAGUCGCUGAACAACAUGGGCUACUGCGUAUACGGAAUGGACCUGCAGUCGCAGGGGCUCUCGGACUCAGUGUCAGACCUGAAGUUCUACAUCAACGACUUCAAGGACUACGUCAACGACGUGCUGCAGUUCGUGGACAUCGUGAAGCGAGGCAACUUCGAAAACACAAAGGAGGCCUGGCGGGAGGAGUUCGUGUACAGCGUGAGCGCGGACAACAUAGACCUCAAGUGCUACCUGUCGGGCUUCUCGCUUGGCGGCAACAUCGCGAUCCAGGCGGCGCAGGAGUUCUACAAGCACGCGAAGCCGGGCGUGAAGUUCGUGGACGGCGUCUUCAUACUCUCGGGCAUGCUUAACAUCGACAACAACAUUGACACGUUCGCGAAGAAGUUCACAAUCGGGGUGAUCAAGCUCAUAUCGCUCAUGUCCCCGAGGACGCAGAACCCGCUGGAGACGAAGCGGGUGUCGGACUCGUUUGAGUCGUUCUCUAGAUACAAGGACCCAUCUCACUACUCGGACAGGAUAUUCUACAAGACGGUGGAGUUGCUGUUCGGGGCGUGCAAGGAGGUGUUGAGGAACAUCAAGUACUACCCGGACAAGAUCCCGACGCUCUUCAUACACGUGUCAAACGACCCACUGUGCGACGUCACAGGACAAAGGAACGUUGUAUACAAUCACCUGAAGAACAAAUGUGACGUGAAGCUGGUGGAGUUGGAAGGAAACUCACACGCAAUAUUAUCUCCAGAUUUUUUCCCAAAUGUUACACCAAUCAUUAACGAAUGGUUUUUGUCGCACUCGAGUAAAUCCUCGAUAAUUAUAAAGUGA